ACAUUUUGAAUUUAAUUUGUAAUAAGAAAACAUGUUGCAAGCGGAGUCAAUUAGUACAUUAAGUGAUCACGAAGAUGAUAUUGAUGACUUGGAUGGUUCCAUAGUAUGGUCACAAGAAGAACCAAUUUCAUCCAACGAGAUAUUAGAAUUAUCCACACAGAAUGAGAAAGACAGCAGCUUAGUUACUUUCUGUCGAUUAUGUGCUGGUCAAACCAAUAACCCAAUAUAUAUCUAUUCUGAAUACGGAGAAUCAAUGAAAUUGGCACAUAAAAUAAAUACAUGUUUAAGCAUUAAGAUUAAAAAAACAGACCCAUUACCGAAACAGCUUUGCUUGACAUGCGUUGAAAAAAUAAAUUGGUGUGACAAAUUUGACACGCAAUGCAUUAAAGCAGAGGAAACUUUGUCGAUGAUGCUAAAGGAGAAGCAAUCUUUUAAUAUUUCCAAUCAAUUUUUUUCUGACCAACAAUCCUGUCCCUUAUGUAUAAAAGGCUACAUGAAUAUAUGUGAAGAGAUAUUCCAGGAUACAAAGGAUAUGGAGUUACAUGAAAAUGAUAUAAUCUUAGAAAGCAGUGAUGAGGAAAAUAUAUUUAAUAGUGCAAAAGUUAAUAAGGAAAACGGAAAUCAUUCUAUCACUUUACAGUAUCUAGGGACUAGACAAAAAUAUUUAAAAUGUGGAGCGUGCAUGAAUCUUUAUCAUACCAAAGAGACGCUAGACGGUCACAAGUGUAAGCCUACUAUACAGAACACAACAAAGCCAUACAGAUGUCUCGUAUGUGACAAAACAUUUACUUUUGAGGAACGAUUGAACUUUCACAUGCAGUUUCAUAAAGGCGCGAAAGCGUUAUACUGCGAAAUCUGUAAGAUAACGUUUGGUAAAGAGCUGAAACUGUUCUAUCAUUAUAAAAGACAACAUUCUAAGGAUAUUAAUGUCUCGUGUCUGCAAUGUGGAAAGUUAUUUGAGAAUCAGGAGGCACUUCGAGUACACGUUUGCGUCGACGGUAAAAAUCGGCCUCACAUCUGCGAAGUGUGCAACAAAGGCUUUUUCGACGGCUAUACUCUGAAGCGUCAUGUAGUGACACAUCUGCCCGAAAAACCCUAUAAGUGCUCGGAUUGCUCGAAGAGCUUUACGCAAAAGUCAAGAUUGAAUAAGCAUGUCGCGAGCCACUGCAUAGUCAUCGAAAACAGCCAGACAGUUUGGAAAUGCAUCCAGUGCGGCGAGGUAUUUAUCUCCUGUGACGAUGCCGAUAUCCAUUAUAAAGUAGUACACGAGGAUAAGGUGACGUUGAUCGAGGAGUUGCUAACGUCGAAGUUGUAUCAUUGCGAGUUUUGCAACAGUUACUUUACUGAUGCGGACAAUCUGAAAAUUCAUCAAAGCCAGCACGUCAUCGAAAGACCGUACACAUGUAAUAAAUGUAUGGCCACUUACAAAUCGUUCGCGGAAGCUGCUCUGCAUUGGAAGGAACAUCCCAGGUUGUUUAAAGUUCUUGUUGUCUUUCUCUGCGACAUCUGUAAUAAAGACAUGAAGGAAUUAUCUUUGCUGUACAAGCAUAAGCAAAACAGGCAUGAGCGUGCAUCUAGAUUAUCCGAGUCGGGCGAUAUGAAGUUCAUCUGCGAGCUCUGCGGGGGCGUGUUUGACAAAAGCGUGGACAUACAGAAUCACGGACGAGAUCAGUGUUCCAAGUUUCCCUGCGAUAUUUGUGGAAGUCUGCUGCCUACAGCGAACUCGUUAAACGCGCACAAGAGGCGACAUAACGGAUUGAGACCGUAUGUCUGUAAUAUUUGUGGAAAGAGUUACACUCAGUCAAGCCAUAUGUGGACGCACAAGAGAUUCCACAUGGGCAUCAAGCCUUACGCCUGCGAAUAUUGCGAUCAGCGUUUCACAAUAAAACCGGACCUGGCAGAUCACGUUAGGAAGAAGCACACGAGGGAGAGGCCGUUCAAGUGCGACGUGUGCGAAAAGGCUUUCCUGACUGGGUCCGUGUUUUAUCAGCACAGAUUAAUACACCGUGGCGAUCGUCGAUACAAAUGCCAUUACUGCGAGAAGGCUUUUACCAGAACGGAGGCUUUGAAUAAUCACAUCAAGAUACACACCGGAGAAAAACCGCACUCAUGCGACGUAUGCGGCAGGUGCUUUCGACAAAAAGGGGACAUGAGAAAACAUAGGCGUACCAAACAUGCCUCUGAACAAGAUAAAUCUUGAAAGUUGUACUUAGAUAUCACGAAUCAUUAACUUUUUCAUUCUUACAUUUGCAUUAUACAGAUAAGUAACUGGUUACGUAUGUGCCAAUAUAUUUAUGCAAAAUAGUUGUAUUAUUUUAGUAGAUACGAAUCAAUUAUUAAGUUGAUCUUUUCAAUAAAUGAUUAAUGUCCAUUUUUUUUAACACAGAUUAACUU